AUGGCAAACGCAACUCAGCCUCCCGUUCAGUAUGUCCGCCUCGGCAACAGCGGGCUGCGUGUCUCUGUGCCUAUCGUAGGCUGCAUGAGCUUCGGCAGUCACGAAUGGAGCGAUUGGAUCCUCGACGAGGACAAAGCUCUUCCGCUGUUGAAAGCUGCCUGGGACCGUGGUGUGACAACUUUGGACACGGCUAAUGCGUAUUCCAACGGCGAGUCCGAGAGGAUUAUCGCCAAAUUCAUCAAGAAGUACAACAUCCCUCGUUCGAAACUCGUGAUCUUGUCUAAGUGUUUCUUCCUCUGCGCGGACGGACAGCCCGGAUUAUUCACCGGAAAGUUCCCGGACCUUAUGAACACCCGUGACUGGGUGAACCAAUCUGGCUUGAGCAGGGAAGCCAUCUUCAACCAAGUGGAAGGUUCCCUGAGGCGUCUGGAGACGGACUACAUCGAUCUUCUCCAAAUCCAUCGUUAUGACCCUAACACGCCUGUGGAGGAGACGAUGUGUGCGCUUAAUGACCUUGUGCGCUCGGGGAAGGUGCGCUAUAUCGGAGCCUCGUCUAUGUACGCAUGGCAGUUCAGCGAGUACAAUCAUGUAGCCGAGAAGAACGGUUGGACUCAAUUCAUCAGCAUGCAGAACCACUACCACCUCCUGUAUCGUGAGGAAAAGCGCGAGAUGAUCCCCUACUGCACGUACAAGGGCAUCGGUAUCAUCCCAUGGGCGCCGCUCGCGGAAGGUCAUUUGGCCUGCCCGCUGGACGCCCAACACAACGCGCAGAAGACGACCCAAACUGAGACGGCGGUGUACAAGCGCACGCUGACCGACUCGGACAAGACCACCAUCUCUCGGGUCGAGGAGCUCGCAAAGCAGAAGGGUGUCAAGAUGGUCCAGAUCGCGAUUGCGUGGAUCAUGACCAAGGUGUCCAGCCCCAUUAUCGGAAUGAGCAGCCCGAGCCGACUGGAGGACGCAAUCCCUGUUGGGAUUGAGCUGACCCCGGCGGAGAUCAAGUACCUCGAGGAGUCAUAUAGCCCCAAGCGCAUUGAGGGUCAUUGGUAG